CUCCUGUCCAACGCGGUGGUGUUCCUGUGUGGCAACGUGGUGGGAGCCUUCCAUAAAGUCCUGAUGGAGAAGACCCUCCGUCAGACCUUUCAGGACACCCUGAGGUGCCUCAGCAUGCGCAUGAAGCUGGAGAUCGAGAAGAGACAACAGGAGAACUUGCUGCAGUCUGUGCUUCCUGUCUACAUCUCCAUGAAGAUGAAGCUUGCCAUCAUGGAGCGCCUGCAGGACUGUAAGGACAAAGAGGAGCAGCAGCGCCUCGUCAAAGACAACAACUUCCACAGUCUGUACGUCAAGAGGCACGAGAACGUCAGGUACGACCCAGAGAAAACUCAUUAA